UCGCCUUUCGAGAUCUACGAACAUAAUUGUUUUUGUUCUCGCCCGACCAAAUUCCCCGACAUUCCUCCCAAUUCCCGUCACUAUCCGCCCCAACUUCCCACUAAGAAGAUGUCGAGUUCUGCCUCUGGCGACUCGGGCGGUGGCCGUUCGAUGGAGUCACGAGUGGGUAGAAGCAAGCAACGUUACAACACUAAGGGCGAACGUCUCGUCGCUGGCAUCGUACCUCUCACUCCCGAUCAAAACUAUGUACUGUUGAUUCAGUCUACCCGGCGCAAAGGCUGGGUGCUGCCCAAGGGCGGCUGGGAGUCUGAUGAGACUUGCCAGGAAGCCGCUGAGCGAGAGGCCUGGGAAGAAGCUGGCAUCACUGUUCAAAUCACUUAUGAUCUUGGUGACAUUGACGAGAAGCGUGCGCCCAAAUCGUCAAAAGAUCGGUCAAGAUACCACUUCUUUGAGGGCACAGUAACCAGCGAGUACGACGAUUGGCCCGAAUCCCACAAGCGAGAACGCCAGUGGUUUACAUUUACCCAGGCGUGGGAGGCGUUAUCAACAAGACCAGAGCUACAGGAGGCCUUACAACGGUCUACUGUAAAUCGUCAAUAACCUCACGGCGUCCUCUCAUGCGCAAUCCUGGCCUUGGAAGUGACCAAUCCCUAUCCUUGAACGGCCCUCCAUUCAGUUGCGACGACAUGGGUUUAUCUCCUGGCUGUUGAGUGGAUUGUGAUACACCGUCACUUCCACAGAUUCU